CACCGUUAUACACCCUGACACGCACUACGACGUAGAAGACAUGAUAGCGCACAACCAAUAUGGAGCCCGUGCGGCCAAGAUACUGCUGAAUGCGUAUGCAAUGCUGAAGGUUCGGGAUCGGAGGCUCAGAACAAUCAACACGCCCAUUGUCGACGAAUGCCUCAUGUCUUCGCGCUUGCACGCUGUUCCCCUCGUGCCGUAAUAUUCUCUUCACCUCCUUUGAGUUUUAAAUCGCGUCCGCUGUCUAAUCUCUCAUCCUUGCGCGACUCACGCCAUCACUUGAGUCUCCACAAGAGUUCUCGAAAGCAGCCGACCCUCCCAUGUUCAACGGCUUCCAUACGCCAAUGCCUCCCAGCGAUGCCGAAUUGGCCAGUCAAGCUCUGAACGAGGAGUCCAUCUACCGGUUCCGCUCGUUCAAUGCCAAUGACGCCGUCACGCUCGGUCUGUCUCUUCGAAAGCGUUUCCGAGCGUCUUCGCGCCAUGGAAAGGGAAAAGGGCUUGUGAUCUCUAUUCAGACCAUCGCUGGUCAUACUCUGUUUGCGUGUACUGUCGGUGACUUGGGCGGUCUCUCUGGCAUCGGAGACGUUAGUCUGGAUAGUUGGUCUUGCCUUGAGGUGAGUGGACAUGUUGGUUUUUCCUUAGGAUACCGCGUCCUAUUGGCUCUUCACGAGCAGGGCAUGGUCGCUGUAGUGCGCCGUACAGGGCACUCCAGCUACUACGUAGAGAAGGCAUGGGCGCGAUGGGUAAAACACCGAAGCAGCUAGGUAUUGAAGGUAACUACAGAAUCAACGGGGGCGGUCAGUCCGGAUGCGUUCUCGAAGCAUCGCAGUGGCUGAUAUUCCGUCAAUCACAGCGUUCCCAAUUUGGCUUGAGAAC